CAUACCUUUGCUUCACCUGUUGCUCCAGAGAAGCCAUAAACCCUCCCUUCUUUCAUGACGCCAUAGGGUUUUGGUACCUUACAUUGUUUAUCAAAACCCCACGCUGUUCUCUUUGUUUAGAGCGUACUGAAGCGAAGCGGAACCAAAUUAGGUUUUUUUUUUCCCUUCAGAUUUUUGAGUUUUGCACUACGAUUUCUUAGUUUCUCAAUUCACUUUUUCUUCUGAUGUGAGUUGCUCAAAAGUUGAUGAUUUGGAUACAAAUGCAGGCCCGCAUUUGACACCAAGUGCUAGAAAUUAUCCAGUCCUGUGCUUCUACAAGGAAAUACAAAGUAGCACAUAUGAAGUUGUCAAGGGAAGAUAUGUACCUGCAGCCGCUGUAAAACCCGAAAGCAAGCUGAAGGAUUCAUAUCACUUUUCCUUGCUUUGGACGUGGUUUUGUUUAUGAUUUCUUGUCUUAAAAAUUUUAAGUAGUGUCCAGGUUGUUGGGUUGCAGAAAUGAGAGUUGAAAUUGAAACAACUGGUGGACUUUUUCUGGCAGAAAGUUUGUAUCUACACACGUCCAUAGUCCAUAUUGAUGAACCGAUGUAAUCUAAUGAAGAGACAUAUUUUGGGAAGUCGAUCCAAGGCUUUGCUGUUUCUGUACAACUACAACAAUACUGCCGCUGCUGUUGGCAUUCAAAAACUCUUCUCGUUAUCGGCACGGUUUGGGACAUUGUCUGCAACUCGGGCUUCAUGCGCCAAACUAAUUGGGGAUGAAGACUCUGAAACUUCAGAAGACGAAGACUGGUUUCCUUCUCGUAUCAUCCAAGACAAGGACCUUCUCCGCAGCAGCCCCCAUAUUUCAGGAACAGGGCUUCAUGUUCUUGACUUGGUGAAUUGUGGUUCUUUGGAAGCAGACCGGACUCUGUACAAUAAGCUGCUACACCGGUGCACCCAGACGGCCCAACUUAAACAAGCCAGAAUUGUGCAUUCACACAUCCUUACUUCUCAAUUUAAAGAUGACCUUCCCAUCCGCAACACCAUCCUUCACAUGUAUGUCAAAUGUGGCAGUUUGGACGAUGCUCGCAACCUGUUCAAUCAAAUGCCUCACAAGGAUUUGGUCACUUGGACUGCCUUGAUUUCUGGCUAUUCUCAACAUGAUCGACCUCAGGAUGCCCUUGUUUUGUUUCCUGAGAUGCUCCGCCAUGGGCUGGAACCCAACCAGUUCACCUUGUCUAGCUUGUUGAAAGCUUCUGGCGCUGUCUCUGAUGACAAUCAUGGCAGGCAGCUUCACACUUAUUGCUUUAAGUACGGUCUUGAUUCCAAUGUCUAUGUGGGCACUGCUCUUGUGGACAUGUAUGCUAGGUGUGGUCAUAUGGAUGAAUCCCAAUUGGUCUUUGACGCCUUGGACACCAAGAAUGAGGUGUCCUGGAAUGCUUUGAUUGCUGGGCAUGCUAGGAAGGCUCAAGGAGAGCAUGCACUCAGGUUGUUCUGGAAGAUGCUGAGGGAGGGCUUCAAACCUACGCAUUUCACUUAUUCUAGCGUCUUGACUGCUUGUGCUAGUGCAGGGUCUCUAGAGCAAGGGAAGUGGGUUCACGCCCACAUGAUCAAAUCAGUUGUUACCCUCGUCGCUUUUGUGGGGAAUACUCUUCUCGAUAUGUAUGCCAAAUCAGGCAGCAUUGAGGAUGCAAAAAAGGUUUUUGAUAGGAUGGUUAGACGAGACGUCGUUUCUUGGAAUUCGAUGCUUACUGGAUAUGCCCAGCAUGGGUUUGGAAAGGAAACUGUGCAACGGUUUGAAGAAAUGCUGAGAAUUGGAAUCCAACCUAAUGAUAUAACCUUUCUUUGUGUUCUUACUGCCUGUAGCCAUGCCGGUCUCUUGGAUGAAGGACAAUAUUAUUUUGACUUGAUGAAACAGUACAACAUAGAACCACAGGUUUCACACUAUGUGACGAUUGUUGAUCUUCUUGGUCGUGGAAAUCUGCUUGAUCGAGCUGAGAAGUUCAUAAGAGAAAUGCCGAUUGAACCCACUGCAGCUGUUUGGGGAGCCUUAUUAGGUGCUUGCAGGAUGCACAAGAACAUAGAGUUGGGUGCUUAUGCUGCGGAACGUAGUUUUGAGCUGGAUCCCCAUGAUUCAGGGCCCCAUGUCAUACUUUCUAAUAUCUAUGCCUCUGCUGGCAGAUGGAUUGACGCAGCAAAGGUGAGGAAGAUGAUGAAAGAGGGUGGGGUGAAAAAGGAACCUGCUUGUAGCUGGGUGGACAUCGAGAAUGCGGUCCACAUGUUUGUAGCGAACGAUGAUGCUCAUCCGCAAAGGGUAGAGAUCCUUAGGAUGUGGGAGAUGAUUAGCAUGAAGAUAAAGGAGGUUGGAUACGUCCCAGACACUAGCCACGUACUUUUCUAUGUAGACCAGCAGGAGAGGGAAGUCAAGUUGCAGUACCAUAGUGAGAAGCUUGCUCUAGCAUUUGCGGUUCUUAACACUCCUCCUGGCUCCACCAUACGGAUUAAGAAGAACAUCAGGGUUUGUGGUGAUUGUCAUUCAGCAAUCAAGUUCGUUUCGAAGGUAGAAGGGAGAGAAAUCAUUGUGAGGGACACCAAUCGGUUCCAUCAUUUCCGUGAUGGCUCUUGUUCUUGUGGGGACUAUUGGUAGUGCUAAUUUUAUGGUCCUAGUUGCAUUGCGUACAAAAUUAACCCAUUACCUGGCUGUUCAUGUUCGAGUCCCCUGUGUUUUACAUGCUUGUGAUCUAUGAUGAAACAAGCUUCCUCUUUAAAGUGAGAAGAGGAAUUUGAGACUUCUACACACACAAAUUGUAAAAUGGUUAUUGCCAAUUGUGCCUUCCGGAAGCAACUUCAAGUUCAAGGUAGCGAAAUGUUAUUUGCGCAGUUGUUACCUCAUGGGCUAUGCUAGGAAAAAUGUGUGCCGAAAUGCUGUGAAUUAUGAACACCAAAAAUAGACGACACAGAGACAAAAAGGUUAGAUGCAAGUUUUUUUUUUUUUUUUUUUCUGGUGUAUUGAAGAUCAUGAAUACUACCUGACGACAUGUAAGGUUUCUGCAUACGGUGAGCUCUGAAGGGCAACAACCGACGAAGGGCCCUGUUAAAGAUUGAAUUUAUAUCCUAUUUUACAACUAAGAUAUGCAGAAUUUCUAUGUUUCUUCUCUUGAAUACAAUUGAGGAUGAACAUUUUAUUUCUUGAAUUCAACUGUGGAUACCUUCACUCCUUUUCUAAUCCUACAGAGAGUCAGUUCAAUUUCUUUGUUAGAUGGAGAUCAGGAUCUGCUCUGAGUUAAUACCUAGUUUUGUUAGACAAUAAAAUAGAAUGAACUUGAUUGCUUUUGCAUCUUUUUGGCUUUUUCUGAACGAAAUUGUACAACAUGGCAAAACUAGUGGAGACAAAAAGAGGAAGAAACAGCAAGGUAGAAAAAGAUUGGAUCUGCUGAUUGCCUGUGGUAUUUGGAAAGUUGGAAACUGAAAAAAUAGAGAGGCAAGAAAGAAAGGAACAGAGCACAAAAGGAGGAACUAACCCAACCCAAUUCUUGCAAAGGGGGAGAGAUGGGCAGGUAAAAAGGGUGAUGGAAGUGUGCAUGUGUUUACGUGUGCUUAGAGAUGGUUUAGCUGAAAAUUGCAUAGCGUGUGAGCAAAACUCUUUUGUAAUCACCAUUCUUCUUAAGCCAGCAGAUGUUACAUUCAUUUAACAACAACUCAGAUAUACAAACUGCCUCAACCUCAGCAUCACCCUCAGCCUAAGCCCAAUAUACAGGGAGGGUUUCGUUAAAAAUCAUGGAGUGUGACAGCGAACAGAGAGUAAGAGAAGGAGAUGAAGACAACAACAAUUCUUCUUCUUCUUAUUCUUCAUUAGAGAAGCAUGCAAAGAAGAAUUAAGUUGAUCCUAACUGCGGUAUGUUGGACUUAAAAAACAACCUUGAAUACAACAGCAACAGCAGCAGCACUAGUAGUACUAGUAGCAGUGAUACAAUAUCGGCUUCAGAAACCCACUUGGCAUUAGGAGUAUUUGAUUUUCCGUGGCUGAAAGAUGGUGUAAUCUCCAAACCGGAGGACUUGAAUUUUGAAGGGACAUUUUAAAGGGAGAAGGAUUGUCUGCCCUCCCGUGCCCUCCUGUUUGUGUGGUCACGGUUAAACCACGUCAACAUUUUAUAUUACUAUUUAUUUUUGUUUUAUUAUCAAUAUAAAAUGUUGACGUGGCUUAACCGUGACCACACAAAACAAGAGGGCACGGGAGGGCGCUGGAAAUGGGAGGGCAGACAAUCCUUGUCCAUUUUGAAGACGUGUUCUCAUCACCAUUGGCAGUACUGGAUGUCGACACACUCCCCUUUACCACCAGUAAGGUGGUACUACUACUACUCCUGGACAUGUUAUUGAUGAUCAAUUUUCUUUCUCCGGGCGGUGUUUCUAUCAUCAUCACCAGACUGAUCAUCCUGAUGCACUACUCCUAGACUUUAUAAAGGACAAGCUUGAGGAAGAUUUGGAGCGACUGUGAUAUCUUAAUCAAGGUGGUGGCCUGGAGACUGAAGCCGGUGUGGUGGCCUCUAGUAAAAAAAUUAUGAACUGUCUAUGUAUUUACUAUAAUUAAGGGACUAAACAACCUUGUUUUCAAUAGAUUUUUUAUAGAAAUGAUCUUUACUAAAUGAUUUAUAAUGUAAACAGUUCCGAUAAAAAGUACGGAGUUCCAUAAAUCAAUUAUAAAGUAUCUUGAGGAAAACUCCUCAAUUUUAAA